UCUGGGCAGAGGUGUUCCUCCACCAGCUCGGGAAUCCCCUUCCACUGGCCACCGCCACCGCCGCCGCCGGCGAGCCACGCACCUUCUCCGCGCCCCCAUCCCCUCGCCAAGACAGGAAGAUUCGCGCCCAGGAGGUUCUCCUCUGACAGCGGUCGCGCCCGCCCCCUCCAGGUGCCACCCCUGCCCGAUGCUCAUCCCACAUCGACGCCGCGAUCCGCCCUGUAAUAUUCUACUGUACCGAGCACAUUGAAAGAUGGUUAAUGCAAUCAAGGGGCUGUUCAUCUCCUGUGAUAUACCAAUGGCUCAGUUCAUUGUUAAUAUGAAUGCGUCAAUGCCCGCAUCGGAGAAGUUCAUCGUGCACAUUCUUGACCCCACACACAUGUUUAUCCAGCCUAAUAUGGGAGAUUACAUCAAAAGUAAGAUGGCGGAGUUCAGAGAUCAGAACAGCUACGAGAAGCCAACAUGAAGGGCCACUAUCCAUUACCGCGGUGCUAGCUUCAAACUCCAUCCAGAGAUACCUAUGUUGAUUAUCGCUAUGUAGAAUGGUUAUAUGCCGAGACUGAAUGUUAUGUCUCUCUCGUGAUGUUCUGGAAUGACAAUUCUGUAGUAUCGCAGAGUUUUACGUCUUAUGUAUCUUUGGAGUGAGCCUUUAGCUGAUAAUAUUUCCGGUGAUGUUGAUCUUGAUACCUUGCACUGAAUAAAGUACCACUUCUUAUGUAUUA